CUUUCCUGAGCUAGCUGUAAACGCUUGCGGUUCGUUGUGGAAAGUGCAGUGUCUCCUUUCACGACUUGUUAUAAAUUCUUGUUUGGGAUGAGGAUAUUUUAAGUUGAGGACACAUGUGGCGCUCUAAGCAAAUGCGCUGUCCUGAUGGACAGAGGACGGAGAGGUGGAGAUGGGAAGAGGAGGAAGAAGAAGGCAGGAGUGUGGAGGUUCACAAGCGUCCAAAGAGGAACUCGUGCAGCAGUGAGAGAGACAGGAGACCAGGACAGUUCCACCACUACAGAACGUACGAAAGGUGUAAGAAAAGUUCAAGGGGGCUGGAGGACACAGAACGCAAGGCAACAGAGCCCGGGCUGAAGCCGUGGGGCCAUGAGACGAGAGCGGCUGGCCGAGCCGUUCCUGAGAAGGAGCAGGGCCGGGAUAGGCAUUGGCACCACUACAGCAAAUCCUUGGCUCGAUGCAGUAGCAGAGAGCAGCAGCGCUCUAAACACCACAACGGCCAUUCACACUCGAAAAGUCAUCGCAGGAAAAGAAGCAGGAGUUUUGAGGAUGAUGACGAGGGUCACCUGAUCUAUCACAAUGGACAAGUGCUAAGAGCAAGAUAUGAGAUUGUAAGCACUGUCGGUGAAGGAGCCUUUGGAAAAGUAGUGGAGUGUAUUGACCACACAAAAGAUGGUAUCAGGGUGGCCCUGAAGAUCAUCAAAAACCAGGAGCGCUAUCGCGAGGCAGCUCUGAUCGAAGUGGAGGUGCUGAAACAGAUGAACAUGUUGGACGCUGAAAAUUGUUUUGCGUGUGUACGGAUGCUGGACUGGUUCGACUACCACGGUCACAUCUGCAUCAUGUUUGAGUUGUUGGGGCUGAGCACAUAUGACUUCCUGAAGGAGAAUGACUACACGCCCUUUACUGUUGACCAGAUCAGACACAUGGCAGAUCAGAUCUUCAGAGCAGUAAACUUUCUUCAUCAGAAUAAACUAACACACACUGACUUGAAACCCGAAAACAUUCUCUUUGUGGAUCCUGACUGUGACGUAGAAUACAGUGCCAAGUUGAAAUGGGAUGAGAGAAUGCUGAAGAACCUCAACGUGAAGGUUGUGGACUUUGGUAACGCUACGUAUGACCACGAGCACCAUACGUCAGUCGUGUCGACACGUCACUACAGAGCGCCUGAGGUUGUCUUGGAGCUGGGCUGGAACCACGCAUGUGACGUUUGGAGUUUGGGCUGCAUUCUGAUUGAGUACUAUCUGGGAUUAACACUGUUUCAAACUCAUGACAGCAGGGAGCAUCUAGCCAUGAUGGAGAGGGUUCUUGGACCAAUACCAGCACACAUGCUCCAGCAAACAAGGAAACAGCACUAUGUUCAUCAUGGCAAACUGGACUGGGAUGAGUCCAGUUCAUCAGGGAGAUAUGUAAGGAAGCACUGCAAGCCUCUCAAGCAAUACAUGUCCUCCAAGGGCUCGGAACAUGAGCAGCUGUUCGACCUGCUUCAGAGAAUGAUGGAGUUUGAUGUAUCCAAGCGCAUCACCCUCGAGGAGGCCAUCAAACACCCGUUUUUCACCCCACUUUGGAAAGAGCGUGAAAAGUGAACGUCUGAUCACCUGUUUCACCCCUUUACACCUCCCACGGAGACUCCUGCUGACUGUAUCAGUCUGCUUUACUGGAGCAAUAGAUCUAAAAGCUUUGUGUUAAUAAAAUGAAUACAGCUACAAA